AUGGUCUUCCCCGUCGAUCUGGGUUCCCAUAAUAUGAAUGAUUUAACAGAUGAGGAGGAGGACGGCUCAGUGUCUGCAGUCCCCAGCUGUCUGUCUCUGAAGAGUGACAGGUCUAUGGAGCAACCUCUAAACUUCAGUAAUGAACCUGGACCCUCAGACACAAAAAAGAAGAGCAAAACUCCUGUUUCUGUGGAGGAGCAGCGGUCCAGCUGUGCUUUGUGUCAGGACGUCCUGAAGGAUCCAGUCUCUACCAGCUGUGGACACUGGUUCUGCAGACAGUGCAUCGCCUCAUACUGGGACCAGUCUGCUUCAUCAGGAGACCCCCCCUGUCCCCAGUGUGGAAAAAGAUCCAGAACAAGACUGCAGACAGCCAGUCAGACCAGCUGUGCACACACAGAUAGAGGUCUGCAGGAGGUUUUAGAUGAACAUAGGAUCAGUCUGAAGAGGAGAUGUGAACGUGUGACUGAAGGAAGUGAAGAAACAGUGAGUAAAACCCUCCUCAACAGGAUCUACACUGAGCUCUACAUCACAGAGGGACUGAGUGAAGAGGUUAAUACUCAACAUGAGGUGAAGCAGCUUGAGACAGCUUCCAAGAAAAAGAUCCUCCGUGACGCUCCAAUCAAGUGCCACGACAUCUUUAAAGCCUCACCUGACCAACAGGUACACAUCAGAGUCGCUCUGACGGUCGGCGUCGCUGGCGUUGGAAAAACCUUCUCAGUGCAGAAGUUCACUCUGGACUGGGCAGAGGGUUUGGAAAACCAAGAUGUCAGUCUGCUGAUUCCGCUUUCCUUCAGGGAGCUGAACUUGAUCAAAGCUGAGCAGUACAGUCUUCUCAGGCUGCUCCAUGUUUUCCAUCCAACCUUACAGAAGGUCACAGCAGAGACGCUCGCUGUCUGUAGCGUUUUGUUCAUCUUUGACGGCCUGGAUGAAAGCAGACCUUCACUGGAUUUCCACAACAAUGAGGUUGUGUCUGAUGUCACACAGCAGUCAUCAGUCAACGUGCUGUUGACAAACCUCAUCAGCGGGAAUCUGCUUCCCUCGGCUCUCGUCUGGAUAACUUCCCGACCUGCAGCAACCAAUCAGAUCCCUCCUGCACGUGUGGACAGGGUAACAGAAGUACGAGGCUUCACUGACGUCCAGAAGGAGGAGUACUUCAGGAGGAGAUUCAGUGAUGAAGAACGGUCCGGCAGAAUCAUCUCUCACAUCAAGACAUCCAGGAGCCUCCACAUCAUGUGUCUGAUCCCCGUCUUCUGCUGGAUCACUGCUACAGUUCUGGACCACAUGUUGACUACAGACCAGAGAGGAGAGCUGCCCCAGACCCUCACUGACAUGUACUCACACUUCCUGCUGGUUCAGACCAAGAGGAAGAAGCAGAAGUAUGAUGAGGGACAUGAGACGAGUCCACGGGAGCUGACGAAGGCUGACGGGAAACUUCUUCUGAAGCUGGGGAGGCUGGCGUUUGAACAUCUGGAGAAAGGAAACAUCAUGUUCUACCAAGAAGACCUGGAGCAGUGUGGUCUUGAUGCCACGGAGGCCUUGGUGUACUCAGGAGUUUGUACAGAGAUCUUCAAAAGAGAGAGUGUGAUCUUCCAGAAAACAGUCUACUGCUUUGUUCAUCUGAGCAUUCAGGAGUUUCUGGCUGCAGUCUACCUGUUCCACUGUUACAGCAAGAGGAACACAGAGGUACUGAAGGACUUCCUGGGGGAUCACUGGGAGAAUGACUCAUCCCUGGAUGUCUUCCUGUCUGAAGCCAUGAAGAAAUCCCUCACAAGUAAGAAUGGCCACCUGGACCUGUUUGUCCGCUUUCUCCACGGCCUCUCUCUGGAGUCCAACCAGAGACUCUUAGGAGGCCUGCUGGGUCAGACAGACAACAGUCUACAAAUGAUCCAGAGAGCCAUCAACACCCUGAAGGAGAUGAGGAGUGAAGAUACCUCUGCUGACAGAAGCAUCAACAUCUUCCACUGUCUGACAGAGAUGAAGGACCACUCAGUACAUCAGGAGAUCCAAGAGUUCCUGCAGUCAGAGAACAGAUCACAGAAGGAACUCUCUGAGAUCCAGUGCUCAGCUCUGGCUCACAUGCUGCAGAUGUCAGAGGAGGUUCUGGAUGAGUUGGACCUGAUGAAGUACAACACGUCAGAGGAGGGACGACGGAGACUGAUUCCAGCUGUGAGGAACUGCAGAAAGGCUGUACUUUAUGGAUGUAACAUCUCAGAGACUGAUUGUGAAGUCGUGGCCUCAGCUCUGAAGUCCAACCCCUCCCACCUGAGAGAGCUGAGUAUAACACCACUGAAGGAUUCAGAGUGAAGCUGCUGUGUGCUG